AUGGCGGACCUGCUCAAGGCGUUCUUCCGCGGCACGCUGAGCAACAACACUGCAGAGGCCACCACCCCCGACGACAGCUACUCGUCCACCAUGUCUGGGGCCAUCUCGCUCAACCCGUUCCUGUCGGGCACCUCCCUGGCGAACAGCCUCGCGCUGUCGGGGCGCAACGGCACCUCUGACGCCAAGGGCAUUGUGAUCGGCCUCAUCGGCUCGGGCAAGGUCUCGAGCGAGGCCACGGCGCUGGGCAAGAAUUAUGCGCAGUCAAACGUGGAGGGCGUGUCGUUCAACGGGAUGGGGCCGCAGCACACGGUCAGCAGCAACCUGGCGUUCACCGCCGGAUCGGCCAAAACAGGGGUGAAGUCGGCGGCGCUGACGGCGGUGGGGCCGACGAUCACGGCAGGAAUCUCCAACGCGAUCGGCGUCAAGUCGGCGACGUCUGACGCCAAAGCUUCGUCCAACACGGGGCUGGGGUUCUCGGCCAGCAGCGUCUUCUCCAACGCGCUGACCGCGGGCACCGCAAACUCGACAGCGGGCUUGCUGUCGACGGUGGUGUUGGGGCCGGCGUCGGGCAGCAGUGGGGCGCUGGGGACGAGCUUCCAAGGGGACGCCGCGGCAAGCUCGAAGGUCAAGUCACUGUCAGGCUACGGCAGCAGCACCUCCAAGUCGGGCGCCGUCUCCACCGGCCGCGACGCCUCGGACGCCGCGGCCGGCACCAACGCGACCGCGGUCUACGGCACCGCGGACGCCGGGUCGGGGUCGCUGGCCACGGGGACCUACGCCAGCUCGGGCGCCGACUCCCUGGCCUACUCCUGGAACGGCUCCGCCCACGCCUCCUCCUCCGCCGCCUCGCUGGGCGCGACCAGCGCGUCCACCGCGACCAACGCGACGGCGCGGUCGAAUGAUGGCCGGAAGACGGCGCACAGCAGCAGCUCGUCCCUGGCCGGCACCGCGCGCUCGGGGCUGUUCGGCUUCUCGCUCCUGCCGGCCCUGCCGCACUUCGCCCCCUUCCAGCCGUUCAAGGGCGGCGCCGCGCUGUCAAUCCUCACGGGCGCCUUCGUCAAGAGCGUCGGCCUCAAGGCCCUGCUGCCGGCGGUCCCCAAGAUCCACCCGGGCUUCGCCUCCGACGAGCCCAUCUUCGAGCAGGCCGUCGCGCCCACCAACCAGACGGCGGCGCCGCCGUGCGAGGUCAACUGCACGCAGGACGCGAACAACGGCACGGGCAGCAACACCUCCGCCACGUUUGACGCGCUCAGCGGCAUUUUCGGGGACCUCAUGGACAAGAACAAGCGCUUCCUGGCCAAGAACACGCCCCCUCCGCCGCCCGGCGCGUACGACGGGAACCUGGCCGGCCCGCCCGCUCCCCCGGCCAAGAAGUCUGCGCGCGUGCAGAUCCCCAUCAUCAAGCACCGAUCGUCGCCGUCGCCGUCGCCGUCGCCCAGGCCGGGGGCGAAGAAGCCUGUCGCGGCGCCGCCGCAGCAGGCCGCUGGCCGCUGA